GCUAAAAAGAAAGAGAAGAAGGAAAAGAAAAGGAAAAUGGAGAAAUCAGAUAAGACUAAGAAAGUUGGGCAAGGCUCUCAAGAGCAACAGGACAAUAAAGAAUCGGUUAUAAAAGACCAUAAGGAUCACGUUGAAAAUCCACCCUACCCGAAUCUUGAAAAGGAUACAGACAGCAAUGAGAUAAGUGAUAAACAAAAAGGAGAAAGUGAAAUCGAACAGGAAAAAGAAAACUCGGAUAAGAAAACAGAAGCGUGCUCUGGUAAAACUGUUAUACCAGAGCCUCAAGAGAAAACGCAAAUCGAACCUAAUCCAUUGCUGAACAAAGACGGAAAUAAAGAAACCAAAGGGCAGAAAUUUAACCCUAAUAAAAUUAAAGCAAAAAAAAACUUCUCCCAAAACGAGAAGUGUUGGUUAGCAAAGACCUCAAAGCCAAGGAAGACGGAAGUAUGCAGAGUCCGGCUUUAAAAAAGGAUUCAGAAGCGAUAGAUAAUGCUUUAAAAUCGAUAAAGGAAGAAACGGGUAUUUCCGAUACUAUCGUUGUCUCUCAAGAGAAUGAAUUUGGAAAACAAACCUUCUUCAACAACAGGAAGCUAAAAAAGCCUCAAGCACAAUCACAGACGUCAAGGGGGUGCAAGAAACUUGUCAGUCUGCAGCUCUACCCUCCCCUUCUGUUGAAGAGCAGAAGACUUUUACAUUGGAUGUCAUCCCAAACACAAGAAAAGAGCAAAUAUCAAAUGAGUCUAAUACGGUGGUAUCAGGGAAUGUUACGGAUGUUAUUUCAACGCUAAAACAGAAAAGCCACAAUGAUGAAAAUCCACCCAUGUCGAAAGUUGACCAAAAAGAAACAGAAAAAGAAAACAAAAAGCAGCUUCAACAGGAAAAUCCUUCAAAGGUGAAAGUGACAAACGAAAAGAUACCAGCUACCACAACGGAAGAAAAGGCAAAAACUAAUGACAAAAAAAGAACAAACUUUAAUGCUCAAAAGGGAAAGCAAAAUAAAGUGGAAACCCCGAAAGGACUUCCAAAACCAGGGUUAGCAAAUGGAACUCAGCCGAAAAUUGAGCAGCAGAAAGAAAGAGAUGAUAAAUUGCUUCAAUCACCAGAAGAGCCGGAAAUUACAGACACCGAGAAAGAGGAUCAAACUUUGUCGGCAAAUGUGAAAACGAUUGAAAAAUCAACAUCAGAUACUACCACAAACUCGAAUUCUGUUAGCAGCUUGAUCUCAGAUACACAAAAUCAAAAGGAAUUAUUUUCCACUUUUAAGUCUGACAGUAACCCAAAGUUGCUAGCAAAACAGAUAAAAGAUAUUUCAGUUUGUGAGAAGACAGUGAAGAAAGAAAUCGAUGAUAAAUUAAUAUCAGUUGAUAAUAAAAACCAGCAAGAAAUAACAACCGAAAAGGAAGACCAGAAAGAUAUAUCCUUAAAUGAGAAAUCCCUGCAAUCUAAAAUGGAAAAGGAUGAAGCCAAAAAAGAUGAUACUAUUAAAUCGGAUCUUAAGAGAAAAUUAAAAGUGGAUGAUCAAAAGGAACGUGACCAAAACAAUAUUGGAAGUAAGAAAUUGAAAUUGAUGGAUGAUAAAAACAUAGAGCAAACACAACCUCAGCAGCCAAAACCAAUUCAAAUGCCGAUAAUAAAAGGGAAUGAGAAGACUUUUGAAAAGAAGAAAGUUGCGAUUGAAGCUCCGCAGACCACCAAAAAGGAGCACCAUACAAAAGCAAAAGAGGUUAAAAAAGCUAAAAGAGCCAAACGGAAAAAAGAAAAAACGGAGGAAGAGAAACUUAAGAAAAAAGCGAAAAAAGAAAAGAAAGCAAAGGAGCGAGAGAAAGAAAAUGACAAAGAUGCAGACAAGGAUCUGGCAAAAAAGGUUAAAAAGGCUAUGAAAAAAUCUAAAAAUAAAACAAAAACAGAACUAGAAAACGAAAAUACGAAAGAAACCCCAAGCAUAAAAGCCAAAGAAAUAAAAGAGAAGUUACAAGAUAAAGCUGACAAUGCCAAAGAAACAACAAGAGAUAAAUCUAAUGAUAAACUUAAAUCUAGGGCAAAUCUAAACGUAACCCAAGUAGAUAUAAUAACACAUUUAGUAAAUAAAAUAGACGAAAGUAAGAUUGAAAGUAAGGAGCUGCAGUCCCCUAACGUCGCAAAGGACGCUGAAGUGCUGAAGAAGCAGGAAGCGAAGCCGAAAGGAAACGAAAAAGACAUGUCUAAUGCGAUCAAGAAAACCGAUCAAAUUGUUAAAGCUACUAUAGCUCAUGAGGUAUCGCCAGAGCAAAGCAAAACUUCCCAUGAGAAAAAAGAAAAAAACAAUAAAAAUGUAAAGUCCUUGUCAAAUAACAACAUUGACCCAAAACAACUUCAGGGUAAUCAACAACAUUUGGCAAAUCAAAAUGUCAAGAAAAAGAAACGAGCCGCAAUUAAGUCAGGAAAUUCGACUGAGGUCAAGAAAAAUAUAGCGGGCGUUAAAAGCCAUUUUAUUCCAGCUGUGGAAAAGGUAAUACAAAAGGAAUGCGAACAAACCCACCGUGAAACAGAACUACAAGAUGCACUUGAUUUAAAUGCUGUGCAAAGCACAACACUUGAACAAAAAAAUCUUUCGGAGCAGGCGAAUCGACAGCUUUCAACUAAACAAAAUGUUGUAAUAAAGAAACUUGAAACAAAGAAAGAAGACGUUAAGAAAAGUUUAUCGGAAGUUGACAGCGCUGUUAUUCCAGUUAAAAAAGAGGCAAGUGAAGUUAGAGGCAAAUUUUCCUAUGGGAAAGCAGAGAGCCAAGGAAUCGAAGCUAACUAUUUAAAACCUUUGGCAAGCAAAAAUAGUGAACAAAAACUUCAAUCGCAGACAGCUGAUCGUCGGGCUUCUGUAAAGAAAAAUGACAAGGAAAGCGUGGAGCAGUCAAGAAAAGAAGAAGAUUCCAACCAAACGGCAGAAAUGACCAAGAAGAAUGCGACAGACCUGAACAGCUCUCUUAUUUCGACUGCUAAAGCGAAAGCAAAACAAAAGAACAAUGAACAUAAACUUCAUCGAGUGCCAUUCGAUCGGCAAAUCUUAGCAAAACACAAUGAUAGGAAGAACGAACCCGUGGCUCAAAAAAGUUUACCAAACACUAACUACCCUGUAAAUCCAGCUGCUCAGCAAGGAAAAUACGAAAAGCCCGAACCAUUCAAGGAGAUAAUAGAACAAGUGGAAGCUGAUGACAAUAGUUUACAGUUUCUAGCCCAUAAAUACAACGAUCAGCAACAUUUUGAAGCCCAGGUUGCGCAACAACUUCUUCUGAAGCAGCAGGUAACAAGAAAGGAAGAAAAAAUAAGAGACAAUCAAACAUCAUAUGAGACCAUGAGAAAUGUACCAAACAUUCCAUUUGCUCAUGGAGUAAAACAAGGAACACACCAAGAAUACCAACAUGUCGAUAAAACUGUGAUGCCCUUGGCAAGUAAAAACAACGAUCAACAGCUUUUUCAGCAGCAAGUCGAUGCAAAAGCCUUGAAACUCCCUUACGAAAGUCAGAUGCAGGAAUCAAAGAAGGAAGAUGGAGGAAUGCAAACAUUUUUGGUGGCCAAACAAAAUGAUAUGCCAGAUAUUAAUAAUAUAGAGCAGUCACAAAUGAAAAAACAAGUAGAAUUCCAAUUGCCCGAGCGGAAAGCGGAAAAGAUAGAAUUCGAUGAUGAUAAUUUAAAGUUUCUGAUCAAUAAAUAUAACGUUUUUAAUAAUCCACAACAGCCAGUUGAUCGACAAACCUUGUUAAAACCAGGUGCUAGCCCUCUGGAAAAUAAAAGCAAUGACCAAACACUUGAUGGGAAUACGCGGGUAAACGACCAACCUCUGUCAUUAGAGACAGGAAUUAAAAGAUCCAAGUCCAAUACAAAAGUUAAACAAACUCUUAAACAGGGCAACAAUCGAAAGAAUGGAAAACCGUUAGAAAAGAAAAUAGAGUUGAUUCCCAUUGAGCAAGGGCCAAGUAAACUUGAUGGGCAAAAGGUGCCGAAACCAGAUUCCGUGGGAGAAAUCCAAGGAACUGAAAUAAAAGCAAAGCAACACGAGACUGAUGGAAAUGUAGAGAAGAGAGAAACUGAGAAAAACUUACAUCUAACUAAAGUUGAACAAGUCCCAAACAUAAUGCAGUUGGACAAAGAAAAUAAUGAGAAAAGCGCUUCCACCCAGCUGCCAGCUAAAGCGGAGAAAAGGUUUUCAGAGGAAAGAUUCGAAACAGAAGCAAAACAAUAUGCGGCAAAAAGGACAACUGAGAAUAAAUUGGAUCAAAAAAAGGCAAAACUGUCAGCUACAAUAAAACCGGAGGAAAUCAAUAAAAGGCAAUUAAAAAGGAAACUUGAGCAACAAACCACAAUUGUGCAGAAAACUCCAAUUGAGAGUUAUCCAACUCCAAAAAAGGUAGACAGAAAAGAAUCGGAUUCAAAGGAACAACGAGAACAACCACAGCAACCAAGUGUUAAACAACAACAGAUCAUUAAAAGGCUUGAAAAGAAAACAGAUAUUUCUAAAGAAAUGCAGGUUCUGUCCAAAAAAGAGAUAAUUGACAGGACAGUGCCUGUAGAUGCGAGACUUAAAACUGACCGCCAAGCAAAGCCAGAGGAAGCCGACAAAACUGAAUGCGAUAAAGUGUCUGACGCCAGAUUACAAAUGGAGCUACCUUUAUUGGCAGGUAGUCAAAAUGUAGAGAGAAGUCCUAAUGAGAUAGAUUCAAAUCAAAUACAAUCACAACAACCAAUUGGGCAGGCGCCGGAUCUCGAUCAAAAGCCAAUGUUGCAAAAGACAGAAUCAUUUAAAAAGAAAAGCAAAGUUUCCGCUCAACAGAAAGUAACUGAAGCGAACCUUAUCCCAGAUGGGGAUACCAAAAACGCGGAGAAAAGAGCAACUGAGAAAAAUGUAGGACAAAAUCAAACACAACAACCGAUCGCCAAAAAUAUGCCGAAUAUCGAAGAGAUUGUAAGAAAAAUGGAAAUGCAUCUGGAAGCCAGUGAAUCGAGUAGAAAACUUGAGGAUCAGAAAGUAAAGUUAAAGAAAAACGAACCUUCAAAAGAUUCUCCGCAAAAGAAGAAAGAAUUUGAUGCAAAGGAAGAACGGAAACAACAACAACUAAACAUCAAACAAUUUAAAAAGAAAAUGGAAAAAUAUAUGAAAGGCAGAUGCGAAAACAAUACGGAAGAUUUUUCCACUGCGAAGCAGGAACUAGAAACAAAACUUUUCUCGGAUGUUAGACAUAGAAAUGCAGAGAAAGUGGAAAUUGAAAAAUGGUUGGGAGAAAAACAAGCAGAACAACCAAAUGUUGAACAAGCGGCAAGCCUCGAAGAACUUGCAAGAAUAAACGCGGAGAAGAUAGAGCCGAAAACUUUAAAAAAUUCCCCGCAGGUGAUUGUAAAGCCUGAUGCAAAAGUGGAACGGAAACAACAACAGAAAAUAAAGAAUAAAGAAAAUAAAAUGGAAGAGAGUCUCGAAAAGAAUACUGAAAAGAAGAUAGGAACGGACAUGAAUCCUAUUCCUGAUGAGGCUAAUAAAAGCGCAGAGAAAAGAGUAUCUGAGAUGGAGCUGGGACAAAAACAUCCACAAAAACCAAGCGCUAAUGAUGCGUUGAACCUCGAUGAGAUUGCAAGGAAAAAAGAGAUGAGUCCGAAAAAUAGGGAACUGAAAAGGAAACUUGAUGAUCAAAAACCAAAUUUGCAGAAAAUGGAAAUUUUGGAAAAUCCACCACUAAAGAAAAUAAAAUCGGAUGCGAAGGAGAAACGGAAAAAACUAAAGCCCCUUGUAAAACAACCGAUAAUCAAAAAACCAAAAAAGAAAACAAAGUGUAGGGAAGAGGGAAGCGAAAACAAUACUGAAAAGGUUUCCGGCGAAAAGAAAGCACCUGCAGCUAAGAAGAAAAUCACGGAAACAGAAGAAAUGGAAACUGAGAAAAAACAAUCACGACAACCAAAUGUCAACCAGGCAUCGAACCUCGAAGCGAUUGCAAAGAAAAUAGAAUUGAAUACGGAAAAUAUAGAUUUAAAUAUAAAAUUGGCGGAUCAGAAACGAAUAUGGCAAGAGAGCGAAACUUUAAGAAAUCCACCGCCGCUGAAAAAAGUAUCUGAAUCGAAAGAGGAACAACAACAAGAAAAACAACGGCCGAAAAUAAAACAACAGAAAGAGAAAUUGGAUAAUUUGGAUAUGAAAGGAGCAUGCGAAAACAAUACGGAAGAUAUUUCGGCAACGAAGAAAGAAUCUAAACCUAGGAAGAUAAGCACGGAAGCUCAGAAAAAAGAGGCGCAUCUCGAGGUUGCACGGAUAGAAGACAUUAUUCUGGAAAAUAAGGAAUUAAAAAGGAAACUUGAGGAUCACAAGCCACAAUUUCAAAAAACUGAAACUUUGGAAAAUCCACCGCAAAAGAAAAUAAAAUCGGAUGCAAAGGAGAAACAAAAAGAACAAAAGCCGCCCGUUAGGCAACCGGAAAUCGAAAAACUAAAGAAUAUAGAAAAUAAUAAGGAAGAGAGAAGUGAGAACAAUACUGAAAAGGUUUCCGCCGAUGAGGAAACACCUAAAGUUAAGAAGAAAGGCAUGCAAACUAAUCUUAUCUCUGAUGAAGCUAGUGAAGAUGCUGAAAGGGGGGGAACUGAUAAAAAGAUGGGACUACAACAACAAAGGGUUGAUAAAGAGCCCAAUCUCGAAGAGAUUGUAGGGAAAAUGGAUAUAUAUAUAAGCAAUAGUGAAUCGGAUGGAAAACUUGGGGAUCAAAAAACAAAUUCACAGAAAACCGAAGCGAAGAAAGGAAGAUGCAAAAGCAGUACGGAAGAAAUUUCCUUUGCGAAGAAGGAACCUGAAGUUAAAAAGAUAAGCACGGACAAAGGAGAAAUUGUGAAAAAGUUAGAACUAAAAGAAGCACAACAACCAAAUGUUAAUCAAGUGACUAAUCUAGAAGAACUUGCAAGAAGAAUAGAAAUGAAUCAGGAAAAUGUGGAUCAAACACCAAAAGUAGAACAGAAAACAGAGGGUAUGGUCAAGAAACCGUUGCUCGAUGCACAAUUAAAAUCUGAAUCACAUUUGAAACCAACUGAAACACAUAAAAUUGCAACCAAUAUACCCAGCACCCCAAAGCUGGUCGCUCCGAACCCGACAAAUCAUCCGGAAAAUCAGACGCCACCCACCAUACCACUUAUAAAGAAGCUAGAAAAUAAUGUGGGAAUAGGAUUUUUCGAAAGAACGGCAACUGCGCAAAAGCGAUCCUCAGAUGGUCAGUUCAAAAUGGAAACUAGCCCGAAAUCGGAUGAGGCCCACAAAGCUGCAUUUGAUAUGCCCACAAUCCCAAGACGCAUUCUUCCAGUUGCGCAAAAGCCCAUGCUUGGGAUCAAGGACCUUCGACCAAAGCGAGCGCCAGGUCAUGUGUCAGUUAGCAAACCUUUUUCAACUACUGAGCAAGAGGUUGCAAGCAAGAUGCCCAGACCGUCAACAUCGCAAAGCCCUGAGAGCAAUGAAACAGAGGCAAACAAAACUCUGGAAGAGCUUGCAUCCAAUGUAACCAAUACCCAAAACAAUGAUCCAAUAAAUCAACAGGCCAUAGUCGACCCUAAAGGAAUAGGAUCAAAGCCAAAGGCUAGCCUUAUGCCCGACAUCAACGCCAAAACUGAAAGCGCACCUAAGAAAAGUCAUAAGCCAGAAAAGAAUGCAAAGGAGGGAAUUGCAUCUAACAAAAUUCCAGGGGACUCGUAUUCGCAAGUGGUCAUAGUUGAGGAUAAAGGUAUAGGAUCAGAGCUAACGGCUGGCCUUAGGGCAGAUAUAAAAACGGGAAUUGCAUCUAAGAAAAGUCAUAAACCAGGAAACAACGCCAAGAAGGGAAUCACUUCUAAGAAAAAUCCAGUAGGAGCAUCUUCACGAGCGUCCAAAAAAGUACGACGAAGAAGAAAGUCAGAACGUAUGAUACUCAUCAAGGACAAGGAGGGACAUCUAGUUAAAAGAAUUUCUUUACGAUUGUUAAAGCGCAACCUGAGGAGGAGGAAACUGAAAGCAAUGCUACUGGAAGCUGCUAGGGAACAGUUUGAAAUCAAGACGCCCGAUAUCGAAGAUAUGAAAUUAACAUCGCCCAAGGUAUGUAAGAUAAUCAUCAAGCCGAAAGAAAUAAAAGCAAACCCAAAAGCCGGACGUAGCCCAGUUAACAAGGCGAAGGAUGAAAGACCAAUGGAAAAUGUGGAUGCAAGCAGGCCUCCACAAGCAAUUCCUAAAGAGACCCAAAAAGACGUUAUCCUAAUAGCUGAAAAGGUUCCCGUCGAGCCCAAAGAAGUCGGAUCACUUUCGGAGGUCUCGACCGCUAGGCGUUUGUAUGCGAAGGAGGCAAAUCAAGUUAGCAAGAUUCCUGCCAGAAGAUUUUCACUACCGUUUGAGAGUAAAAAAACGCAGGCACACAGAAAUGCACAAGUUGCCAAAGAAGAUGAAUAUAAUCAAAAGAUGAUUGUCGUUUCUAAGGAAGCCGAAUCCAGACAAGGUAAUGCCAAUGAGGGAAGUCUAGCUCGGACUCUUUCUUCGAGGAGGACCUCGCUUGCGUUGGAGAGCAAAAGCGUGGAAGCAAACAGAGUUCUACAAGCUUUUAAGGACGACCUUGCCAAGCUGGCGGCAGAGAGGAGGAAAUUGUCCAAGAGCACAAACUCGGAAACUUUAGAUGACUGGGAGCCAUACAAGGUGAAGGACAUGAAUGCUAUCUUCAGAGCACGCAUUGUGCGCAAGGGACUGUUGCAUGGUAGAACCCUGAAGCUGCCGACACGCCGCGAAGCGGCACAUAUGCAGCCGCAUCUAGUGGAUGAGGACGAGAUGGAUUUGGAGGAAAUCGGCGUGCCAGAUAGCUAUGAAAUAUACUGGCCCAGCAAUUUGCAUGAGCUCGAGUCCAACACCUUGGAGCAUCCCGACGAGGUGGUCGAAAGGUCGACGUUACUCUCAUUGGAUUUGCCGAAAAUGACAUACAAGCCGUCGCUGUCGCUUUCACCAAAGGCAACGGAUCCACAUCGACUCAGUGACUUGCAGCUGGAGGCCAUAAUCUAUGCUUGCCAGGCCCAUGAGCAGAUACUCCCAAGCGGCCAGCGUGCUGGCUUCCUGUUGGGUGAUGGUGCGGGCGUGGGCAAAGGACGCACCCUGGCAGCCAUCAUCUAUGAGAAUUUUCAGCAGGGACGCAAUCGUGCCCUCUGGAUAUCCGUGUCGGAGCAUCUCCGAUUCGAGGUGGAGCGUGAACUGAACUAUAUUGGCGUUGGCGGACAGAUCAAAGUGGAGCCCAUUGGAAAAUUCAAAUACAACCAGAUAAUCGCGGAUGAGACGGAUGAUGAGUCCUUUACGAAGGGCAUCAUCUGCUCCACCUACACAGAGCUGACGCGGGAAACAUCAAAUCCAACAGCCAAAUACGAGACCCACGUUAGCCAGCUGGCUCAGUGGCUAGGCAAGAAUGGCAUUGUUGUAUUGGAUGAAUGCCACAAGGCGAAUAGGAUGAGUCUGAGCAACACCGAAAGGUUCAUCAAGAUGUGCAGUUCGGUGCUGAAGCUGCAACAGAUGUUGCCCAUGGCACGGAUUGUCUAUGCCUCGGCCACGGGCGCCGCCGAGCCGCGCAAUAUGGUCUACAUGACGCGGCUAGGCCUGUGGGGCAUGGGCUCCCCAUAUGCGGAAUUCCUUGAGUUCGUCAAUGCUGUGGAAAAGCGGGGCAGUGGCGCCAUGGAGAUCGUCGCCGUUGACAUGAAGUUGCGCGGCAUCUAUGUAUCGCGCCAGCUGAGCUUGCAUAAUGUCAACUAUCGCAUUGAGCAGGUGCCCAUGUCGCGAGAGUUUCGCAAAUUCUACAACUAUUCAGCGGAGCUUUGGGCCAAGAUUAAUGAGCAGCUAUUCAAGGCUUUUCGGCGCAUUCGCAUUGAGCCGCGUAUCCAGGAUCGGAUCAAUCGGCAGUUCUGGUCCGCGCAUCAGCGCUACUUCAAGAACCUGUGUAUUGCCGCCAAGCUGAAGCAUGUGGUGAAAAUGGCCAACGACGCUAGGCUUAGGGAGCGGGCAGUGGUCAUUGGGGUGCAGUCGACUAGCGAGUGCCGCGCCCUGCACUAUCUGGAAUUCGACCGAACUGAGUUGACGGGCUUUGUGUCUACCGCCAAGGCGAUCAUACAAUCGUUUAUUGAAAACUAUUUUCCAGCACCCAGCAUCGAAUGUUUCGAGAGGCUGCUGAGGAGUGGCGCCUUUGACCCGGAGAAGCGCACAAAUGCCACGGGCGGCCCGAAGCGUCCACGCAUGACUACCGACUGGUCCAGCACGACUUCUGAUGAUACUGAAACCAGUUCCUCGGAGGAGGAUGAAGACGAUGGCAAUGAUGCUGAAAACAAGCUCCGCCGCUCGAUAACCUCCAAGGCGGAGAAAACAAUGCAUCAGCGCAUCCUGAAGCAUUUAUGCAACAACAUGAAAGCGGAGCCGGAAGAAGAGGGCUUCGAGUAUAACUUUGAUGGCCUCGAUCCCCAAGCAGACCAAAUCACAGAGAGCGAGGUGAAGCGCUGCAUCAGUGCACGGGAUAAAUUUCUCUUAAAGAUACAGCAGCUGAGUCGUCGAAUGCCGCCAAAUACUGUGGAUAAGAUCAUUGCGGAUCUGGGCGGACCCAGCGAGGUGGCCGAGCUGACCAAACGUCGCGGUCGGGUGGUCAAAACGGGCGAUCUCUCCUACAAGUACGAGCUGCGCGGUGAUACGGAAACAAAUAUGGAUAUGCUCAACUAUGCCGAAAGGCAGGCCUUUAUGGAUGAUAGAAAGAAGGUGGCCAUCAUAUCGGAGGCAGCCUCGUCUGGCAUAUCCCUGCAUAGCGAUCAGACUGUGGCCAAUCAAAGGCAACGACUGUACAUCAGUCUGGAGCUGCCGUGGAGCGCUGAACGUGCCAUACAACAGUUCGGAUGCACGAAACGCACUAACCAGAAAAACGAACCGGAAUACGUAAUCCUCAUUUCGGAUGUGGCCGCGGAGCUGCAUCAGGCGAACAUGGUGGCCAUGGAACUGAAAAACUUGGGCGCGAUAGACAGCAAUCCACCGGAGGGGGAUCCAUUCGGGCGGCAUCAAUCGCUGUUCAACCUCAACAACAGCAUCGGCAGCAGCGCUCUGGACAGCGUGCUGCAACAGAUAACGGGCAAGAAGCCGCUGGAAGCAGCUCUCGUGCCCGAUUUCUACAAGGGCGACUUCAGCCUCGACUGCUGCGAGGCUCUGGCCGGCGUUGGCAUGCUCCAUGUGGGCCUCAACAGCAUUGGCCAGAGAAGCUAUGUCGUGAACAAUGGCAGCAAUCACAUACCCACAUUUCUGAAUCGAUUGCUGGGCUGCCGCCUCGAGGUGCAGACGGCUCUGUUCAAGUUCUUCCUCAACAAGAUGUACGCAAUGAUGCUGCAGGUGAAGCGCACGCGUCACUUCAACAUGGGCAUCACGGACCUGGACGUCCAUGGAUCCGUUGUCACGGUGACCAAGCUCAUCACCUUUAGGCGCAUAUAUGUCAUGGGCACUGCGAGCACGGAACUGCACACGGUUGAGGUGGAGCGUGGCCUUUCCUUUGAUGCGGCUCUGACGGAGUUCAAGAAGAAGGAGCGUCAAGCCCAUGAGGGCUUCUAUAUACUUCGUCAGAAGCGCAACAAUAACAACUGCGCCAUUUUGUGCUUGAAUCCCGAAACCGAUGAAGAGUCCACUGGAGAGCCAAGCGUACCGACCAAAAUCAAUCUGGUGAUCAUACGGCCUAAUACGGGGGCUCAAGUGCGCACCGAGCCGCUCAGCUCCCUGCUGGGUCGCUAUGUGAAGGCCUCCCCGAAGGCGGCCCAGCCAUUCUGGGAUAUGCAGUUCAGCAAGUGCCUGCACAUCUGCUCCCACAUUUACUGGAGCUGCAAGUGCUCCUACGGCAAGCGGUGCGGUCUGGGUCUGCGCGUGCGAUCCUAUCACGUGCUGUCGGGUCUGCUGAUAUCCGUGUGGGAACGUGUCGCGAAUAUCAUCGAGAAGAACGGACGGCAGAUGCAGAUGGUGCGCGUCAAAACGGAGUCCAGCAAAAGGAUUGUCGGCAUUCUGGUGCCAGAGUUCGCAUAUCGGCGCAUCGUGUCCGAUUUGUCGUGUGACGCGACAGUCGAGACCAAGGAUUUCACUCGAGUCUAAUGAUCGAACAGAUGUCGUACGAUAGAUCAGCUUUAGUUUAGGUUUAGAGUUUUUGAGUUCAUACGAACUCUAUAUAGAGAUUUUAGUUUGUUUAUAACUCAACUCUGAUUCGUUCUCUAUGAUUCUUUUAUCUGUAAUUUU